AGAAAUAAUCGGGAAAGUUGACAGGACUCGCCUUCGGCCAAGUCAUGAUGAUGCCCUCCUACAACUUCUCCACAGUCAACAACGUCCUACCGCUCGGGGUGCAGCGGGCGUACGUGCCACGUGCGUCGCGGCCGCAUCUCGCCUGGGUUGCUCCGGCGUCUCCCUCCGCCUCCCCGCACGCACUGGGCGAACACUGUCGACUGAAGGGUGACGGCACCGCUGCCCGCGAGACCCUCGCCGCACAGGAAGAGCGCGAGAAGGACGAGAGGAGGCUUCGGGCGGGCACCCCUGCCGCCACCGCCGUGUCCUCGUCUUCCUCUCCCGAGGUGAUGUCGGAGGUUGCGCUGCGUGGGUUGUUGACCACAGAUGGAGCCACCGGCACGCAGCUGACGCUCUACCACGACCUGUCGGCGCCCGGGGUGCCGGUGCGCAGCUCGACCGUUCCGUCGCAUCGCUGCGUGGUGGCGCUGUGGGCACCGUCUCGUAACGCAGAAGCAGACGAAGACCCCGGUGCGUACUUGGAGGGCGAUGUGCCGCUUUACGUCAGUGACGAUGUGGGCAACGUCUUUCACCACCGGUGGGACGCACGGGGCGGCGUCAAGGAGCCCGCCACAAAGCGCCAUCGUGGCGAAUCGGAGCCCGUCGAUGCGUGGGCCUCGGUGGCUGGGGCGCACUCCCACCUGCCGUCCAACCUGCCUUCUCUGUCCUUUGCCUCCUCUUCUCCCUCCAGUGAAUUGGAAGCUUUGUUCACGGUGGCACGUGGCGCACCUGGCUGGGCCGGCCUCUCUAUGCUAAGCGCAGGCAGCAGCAGCGACGCGCCGCAACUCAUUUCAGUCCGCGAGUUUUAUCACGAUGUGCGAGUGAUAGACCCAGUGCAGCACGCGGUAGUGCGCGUCUACAGCACCACCCACCCACCCACCGGUCUGCUGUGCCCACCCGUGCAGGCAGCUCCGCACUGUGUGCUGGUGACGGAGGGCUGCCUCGCCACGAUGUUCGACGUGCGCUGCCCCAGUGCGGUGCUCUCGCUGGGUGAGGUCUACGCAGCGCAGGAGGAAUGGGCAGCGGCGAAGAAGGCGGCGGAGGCGGAGAAAUUGCAGCAGCAACACGAAGAACGUGGAGAAAGCAGCGCCGCCUCUAGCAAAGGGAAACACACUAGCACAGGGGACUCCGCGGCCCCACCUCCACCGCCACUCCCCCCACCUCUCGUCGCGGGGCGUCUCACCAGCACGGUGGGACAGGUGCGCGACGUGUGCAGCACCGCCAACCCGUUCGAGGUGGCUUGUGCCGUCGAUCGUGCGCUCUGCGUGUACGACCUGCGCAAAUUCAACCGUCUCUUCACGUCGUCCAGCGUGUUGAAGUACGUGAUUGGUAGCGUGGCGUCGGUGGCGGCUGGUCGCGGCAUCGUGUGCGCAGGCAUCGACUCCGAGGUGCGCCUUGUGUCGUUGUACGACAAGACGAACGAUGCGACGCAGGAGGCGACGCUGUCGCUGGCGGCGCGUGCGGUGGCGCAGUCACAGAAGAAGCAGCGCAGCGGCACUCUCAAAAAGACGGAAGAGGUGAACAAAGCGGCGGAGAAGAAGGGUAAUGGUUGUGCUGCCUCAGCACCGCCCAUUUUUGACGUGGAUUCGAUGGGGCCUGGCGGCACGUUCCGCACCCGGCUGAGCACCUCCGUGAGUUGCACGAGUGUGUGGCAGGGUGGGUGGGUCUCUACGCAGAGUUUGAGCGGCGUCGCGGCGGUUGGGGUGUCGGUGGAUGGUGAGGUGUUCUUGGCACAGUAA